GUGCAAUUAGAGUACUCUCUGUCCCAAUUAAGCUUUUUGGGAGAUAUCUUCCUUUCACAUGGAUUGUUCUCACAAACAGAAAGGAUAUAUUGGAAGUACAGAAGCAUCAUGUACUCUGGCAGAUAUCGACGAGGAAGAACCUGAGGAUUUCUCAACAGCAUGGGACAAGGUUCAAAAAUCCAACAAGUCAUUUGCUACUGAACUAUCCUCAGGGCUUUCUCUCCCAGCAGAUCAUCUUGCUCAUUCUGUGAAUACCUCGAGAUUAUUGACAUUGGAUUUGGAUCCACAUCCAAUAAUAUCUGAAGGUUGGAAAGCUCUGAGGAAAUCCUUAGUAACAUUUCGUGGCCAGCCAGUAGGUACAAUUGCAGCUUUGGAUAAUUCUAAUGAGAAACUUAAUUAUGAUCAGGUGUUUGUAAGAGACUUUGUCCCUAGUGCUUUGGCUUUUCUGAUGAAUAAGGAAUUUGGCAUUGUAAAAAAUUUCAUCACAGAGACACUUCACCUUCAAUCAUCAGAGAAAAUAGUUGAUUGUUUUGAUCUAUCAGAAGGUGUAAUGCCAGCAAGUUUUAAAGUACUCCAUGAUCCACAAAAAGAGCAAGAGAAGUUGAAAGCAGACUUUGGUGGGAGUGCAAUAGGCAGGGUUGCUCCUGUUGAUUCUGGAUUCUGGUGGAUCAUAUUACUUCGCGCAUACACAAAAGCCACUGGAGACACUUCCUUGGCUGAUCUGCCUGAAUGUCAGAAGGGUAUGCGCUUGAUUCUGAACUUAUGCCUUUCAGAGGGAUUCGACACGUUUCCAACUCUACUAUGUGCUGAUGGAUGCUGCAUGAUUGAUCGUAGAAUGGGUCUUUAUGGGUAUCCAAUUGAAAUUCAAGCACUUUUCUUCAUGGCUUUAAGGUGUGCCUUGCAAUUGCUGAAGCAAGAUGCCGAGGGGAAAAAGUUUGUGGAACGAAUUGAGAACCGGUUACAUGCCUUAAGCUAUCAUGUGAGAAGCUAUUUUUGGCUGGAUUCGAAGCAACUUAAUGACGUGUAUCGCUAUAAAACAGAAGAGUACUCGCACACUGCAGUUAACAAGUUCAAUGUCAUUCCUGAUUCUCUACCUAAUUGGAUUUUUGACUUCAUGCCUCAUCAUGGUGGUUACUUUGUUGGGAAUGUCAGUCCUGCAAGGAUGGAUUUCCGCUGGUUUUGCCUUGGAAAUUGCAUUGCAAUUCUGUCAUGCUUGGCCACUCCUGAGCAAUCCAUUGCAAUCAUGGAUCUCAUAGAAGCGCGGUGGGAGGACUUAAUCGGCGAGAUGCCAGUAAAAGUUUCUUAUCCAGCCCUUGAACACCAUGAGUGGCGAAUCAUAACCGGAUGUGACCCAAAAAACACAAGAUGGAGUUACCACAAUGGAGGAUCUUGGCCAGUCCUCAUAUGGCUUCUUGCUGCGGCCUCUAUCAAGACAGGACGGCCCCAUAUUGCGAGACGCGCGCUUGAGAUAGCUGAAACCAGGUUGCAGAAGGACAAUUGGCCUGAAUAUUAUGAUGGAAAGCUUGGUAGGUACAUUGGGAAGCAGGCGCGGAAAAGCCAAACUUGGUCUAUUGCUGGUUACUUGGUGGCAAGGAUGAUGGUGGAUGAUCCAUCACAUUUGGGUAUGGUGGCCCUUGAGGAAGACAAGCAAAAGCCUGAACUUAGAGGAACAAAGUCAACGGCUUCUUUAGGUAAACUUUGGUAUUAAAACUGAAAAGGAAGAAAGACGAGGUAGAGAAUACUGAGAAGAAGGUUCUGCUUCUUUUUAAGUGUCAAGUUUCCAAGUCUGGUUUUUGUUAGAGGCAUUACCCCAAACAUUGCAAAGUGCUUUAUGCAGAAGUUCUUAGAGAAUGGUGGAAUAUAUGUAAAGCUAGAUGCAGGGAGAAAAAUUAAUUGUUGCAAUUUAGAUGGAGAUUUAGA